AUGCCGGAAAGCUUCCAGAUAGACCCCGAACAAGCUCUCGACUACUUAAAGACAAAGCGCAAGGCAACAUGCACUUAUUGUAAGUCAAGGAUUCGACGAAUCGCAGAUCAGGGAGAAAACGACAACAGUAGUGGCAUGUUCAGCGUUUGCGGACAUCUUUUCUGCACCGAUUGUACGCCCAGAUUUGAAGCAGCUGUGCGACAAAGAUCUGAUGCUGGUACCUGUUCAUUAUGCUCAAGACCGAUCUCGGAAAACUUGUUUGCAAGGAGCGAAACGAUAUGUGUCCGACGGGAAAAAGAGUCUUCGGUGUCGGAACAUGACUCAAGCGGAAUAUCUUCAAAAAUUUCGGAACUUUUGAGGAAUAUCAAGAGUAGCAAAAUUGAAGGAAAAUGUAUCAUAUUUUCCAGCUGGACUAGGUCUCUCGACUUAGUGGGUCGGUAUUUGGCUCACGAAAAGCUGGAGUUUCUCCGAAUAGAUGGCACUUUCACUCUGUCCGAACGACAAAACAUUCUUAACGAGUUUGAGAGUAACGAGGAACUUCGGAUACUGUUGAUGACCACAGGCACAGGUGCAGUAGGGUAUGUUAUAGAGCUGCAUGUUUCAUCCAUCAAAUUCUAGCUGAUUUUAUUAGGCUCAAUCUUACUAUCGCCAACUGCGUGUAUAUACUGGAGCCUCAAUGGAAUCCAAUGAUUGAAAGCCAAGCUAUCGCUCGUUUAUUGAGAAUAGGCCUCGAAAGAGAUGUGAAAGUGAUUCGGUAUAUUGUAAAAGGGACUGUUGAGGAGAUGAUGCGCUCACAACAGUUGAGAAAGCUUGGCUUCGCGAGAUUAGGAUGGCGACAAGAUCAAUGAGGAAACAUGUUGACACUAGCCACAAAGUGCUUGGACAUUACUUUCAUUACUUUCAUCACUUUCGAUCACUGUCAUUCCUUCGAUAUUGUUCUUUGAAGAAUUGGUGAGGUAUUAAGGUUAGUCACGACAUUUCCCAAGGUCUGGUAGCC